GGCAUGAGAAAGAGACUGAGGCAGAGCCGGUGAGAGAAGGGUAGAAAAAGAGGAAGAGAAAGGGAGAGUGAAGGAGGAGGAAAAGAGAAAACGAGGAAGAGGAAGGAAAAACCUUGUUCCUCUUCAGAAUGGUUCAUCUUUUGGCCGGCGUGGAUGACUAGGCUGGGACCAGAGAUGCUGCUCCUCAUCGUCCUUGGUUGCCUGAUGGCUGCUUUCUCAGGCCAGAUCUCUCCAACCCCUCCUGCAUUAUCUGAAAAGCUGGACAACUUCCAUGGCACGGGAAACUCAACGUCAGAAUUUGGAAAGAAGUCUGUCCGUUUGGUGACUGGAACCAGCUCUUGCAAUGGGACACUGCAGGUCAAGAUUUCAGGAUCCUGGCAUCCUGUCUGUAAGGACUCCUGGAGCAACAUGGCCAGCCUUGCUGUCUGCAGAGAGCUGAGUUGUUGGAAGAUGGAGCCAAUAGAGUCUGUUGCUGGGACACCUGCUCCAGAGGAACCAAAGCAUCUCCCUGUGGGUAACUGGAGUGUGACCCUCAAUGAUACAUGGGCCUUCUCUCUGAGGUCUGUGACCUGUGACAAAGGAGAGUGGAAGACCUGCAAGGUGCAGUCCGAUGUAUGUUCCAAUGGGACGCCAACCAAGGUCAACUGUGAAGAAGUCCAUGCUGUGCGGCUGAUGGAUGGAGGUAGUCGCUGUGCCGGUAGGGUAGAGCUGAAGGACAAAGGCUCCUGGGGGACUGUGUGUGAUGACGCCUGGGACCUGAAUGAUGCCAUGGUGGUGUGCCAACAGCUGGGCUGUGGUAGGGCUGUAGACAUCCCAGGGGCCUCAGUCUUCCAGAAGGGCAAAGGACCUAUCCACCUGGAUGAGGUGAAUUGCUCUGGGACUGAGCUCUCCCUGUGGGAGUGCCCUGCCCAGAGAGAUCAUGACUGUCAUCACAAAGAGGAUGCCGGUGUGGUUUGCUCAGACUCCCUAAGUCAGAAUACGUCAUGGAUUCCUGAGGUCACCUCCAAUUCUCAGCUGCCCACAGCAGCAUCCCCUGUGCCUUUGGGAAUACAAAAGAAUGAAUUUCGGGAGCGCAUCCUCCUCAUCCUCUGCAUUGUCCUAGGAAUUCUCCUCUUGGCGGCACUCCUAGCUCUGACUUUCAUCUUUCUGAAGAUUAAAGGAAAGUAUGCCCUCCCAGUCAUGAAAAAUCAUAAUCAGGAGACAGCCACGACCACCAUCGGAAGCAACAAUGAGGUCUCUCUGACCAUCCCCAAAGAAGAAGAACCCAAGCUUUCCUUGCAAGUGGGAGCCCCACCCUCCAAGGACUCUGAAUCAGACUCUGACUAUGAACACUAUGACUUCCACAGCCAGCCCCCUGUGCCCCUCUCCACCUUUGCUAACUCCCAGAAGUACCAAGUGACAGAGGAGAUGGCCCAGCAGAACAGGUUCAGGAUGCCGACCCUGCAGGAGGAUCACCCCGUCCCAGCUCCCCAGAAUUACCAGAGGUACAACAACGAGUCAAGCACCUCUUCUGGGGAAGAUUACUGCAAUAGUCCCACCAGCAAGCUGCCUCAGUUCAACUUCCAAGGCUUUCCUUCAGAGAGCAAAUGCCUCCUGAAGGCAGCUCCUAACCUGGAGCUGGCUGGGUCUCGGGCCACUCUGCUUGAUGCCUCCAUCCCAGCUCCUCAGAAUCACCUGAGGCACAAUAGCGAGUCCAGCACCUCUUCUGGGGAAGGUUACUGCAAUAGUUCCACUGGAAAGCUGUCUCAGUCCAACUUCCAGGGCUUUUCUUCAGAGAGGAACCUCCUGGAGCCAACUCCAAAUCUGGAACUGGCUGGGUCCCGGGCCACUCUUCUUGGAACCUGCCCUGGAGUUGUUUCAGCAGCACCAGCGGCUGAGGACAGUUCCAGCACCUCCUCUGGGGAGUGGUAUGAGAAUUAUGACUCACCCCAGCCCCCUCCCUUGGUGCCCUUUGGUUGUCCAGAACCACGUACCCCAGCAGUCAUGGGCAGUCUUGAAAAUGACUCAUCUGAUGAGGAGUACGAUGACAUCAGAGCUGCAUAGGACAAGACCUAGAAAGAGAAAAAAAGGAUGCCUGUUGAUUCCUGCUCCACCUGCCGCCACUCCUGCUUCCCUGCCUUCCUUCUCUACUGGACUGCCCAGGACCAUGAGACCAUACCGAUUCAGAUCUUUGGAUUCACCAAUGUGGAGAGAAAGAUCCCCUUCCCUAACCUGAAUUAAUCAGCCUCCAUCUUGCAACUCCUGAGCCUCAAACCAAUUAACAUCAGCUGGGAUGUCUUGACCUUGGUUCCCCCAUGAAUCUACAAACGUGACGCAGCUUAUCCUUAGUAGAUGGUGGAAGGAGAAGCCAGAUUUGUAAGGAACCUCAGCAGACAUCUAGUCCAGGGAUUUGACCAAGAACCCCUUCUAUGACAAUGCCAACGCGCAGUCAUCCAGCCUCCGCUUGAACAUCUCCAGCCUUCUGAAUUAGCGCAUUCCUCUUUUGGACAGCUCCUCUUGUGCCUGACCUUUCUCAGUACUCUGAUCCCACCCCACCACCCACACUGACCCUCAUUCUGCCUUCUGGCGCCAAGUAGAACAAGCUUUAUCCUCCUACCCAAUGACAUCCCUCCCUCCACUUGAAGGACUUCCAUGUCCUCUGUGUCAUCUUUUCUCGAAUUGAAAUAUCUCGGGCUCUUCAGUCCUCCAAAGGGGCUUCUGGUCCUUCUAAACCCCUCCUCUCCUGCUAGUGAACUGCCAACAUCUCCUCCAUCUCCUAGGCUGGUUGCUCUCAAGUUGUCCCCAGAAUAUAACAGAACUGGGUCUCAAUUUAGAAUCAGAGGAUCUGGGGUUGAGUCAUGCUUCUAUAGGCCCUUGGGCAAGUCUACCUGUUAACUACAGCAGAGGUCACAGGAAGAGCCAGGCUAUGGAGAUCUCCUCGGGGUCCCAUCCCUGAGGAUCCCAGGAGGCAUUGGGGACUCCCAGUGGAGACCUCGCCUCACACCUAGAAGAGAGACCACUUCAUCCCAGAGCCCAGAGAAUUCCUUAGAAGCAGGGGCUGGAGGGUUGCUAAUGGUGAAGACUGAGACAGGAGCCCACCAUUCCUUCCCGUCCCUCUCCAGCUGAGGAGAUUUGCAGAGAGUCGUUUUAUUCUCCACUUGAUUAAAAAAAAAAGAAUGUAACUUACAGAGAAAUGGCCGCUGUACAUAAUUCCCCUUCAUCCCUGACUGGAAUGAGUCCCAAAGAAGGAGGAGAAGGUCAUUCAGUCCUGAUGACACUGAGAAUAAAUGGGCUCUCUGAGCAAAAACUGGAGU